AUGUCUGCAACCAUAUCUUCCUUUACUCCUACUUACCAUCUUUCAACUUAUCCGCUUUUCCAAUUGAAACUUAAGCAAGGAGAUGUUGAUCAAUUCGAAGACGCCAACGAUGUGGUAACGGUAGGACACAUUCAAGACUUCAGAUUCAACACUGUUCAGUUUCUUUCAAUGCGUGUGUUUCUCUUUGUUGAAGCGAAGGAUGUGAGGGUAUCAGAGGAAUUUGGUCCACUUAAUAAAGAAAAGUAUUUUACUUCUUAUCAAGAGCCCAUUCAAUUGGCUUCUGUGUUGGAUAAAGGGACGGUUGUUUCCAAGAAUGGCUUUGAUCAGGAAGUGAAUGAUAUCUCUACUUUGUACGACAUCUUUGUAAGUCGAAGAGCAUCCACUGUAGAUCGCAACAUGAAGUUGUCACCGGAAUUUAACUUCAAUGAUAUGCUUAAAAGAGAAAGAACUGGAGUUCAUGCGGUAUCCUUAUCGUGGGAUGAGUGCACGUAA